GACAGCUUUUCCCUUCUCGGCGGAAUUUACGCCCGCACGCAAUCUGAUUUUUACUUUCAAUCUACAAGACUACACAUCAAAUCGUGCUUUAUACGAAAGAGAGAAGAUCAAUCUGAAACCGUAGCAUUGAAUUAUUGGCCCGAGUUCAUCGGUUGUCUUGCAAUUUUCUUGGCUUUCUUCCUUUUGGAUAUAAUCGGACUUCCCAACCGUCGCCGGCAUGCCAUCCCCGCUCUCAAUGCUCAGCCACACACUGCUCUCGCCACGCUCAGUGGAGCAGUCGGCCGUUCCAGCUUCUGUUCUAUUAGCGUCUCUUCGACUGUUGAGCCAAAAUUGCACCCUCGAUUGAAGGCGCCGUCUCCGGAGGAACAGGAAAUUGCAGCCGUCAUCUACUUUGCCGCCGGCGAAAUCAUCCCCGAUAACUCUGUGCCGCCGUUGGCCUACCAGAGGGACGAUUUGCAGGCAGAGCAGCAUAACGGAAUUAUAGGAUGUGUUCUCUACUGUAAAAGAUCGUACAGUUCUUCAUCUGGAGUUUUCCAAUGCAUUCAGUCGAAAGAUCUGUAUGGGAACUUCGAUAUUGGACUCUAUGUGGAAUGGUUUUUGCCGAAUUGUCUUCUAUCACAGGAAAAUUUCGUUAGCCUUCUUCACUCUUCGAAGAGCAAGUUCUAUAGCCCAGGCGACCUGAUUCUUCAUGUGUCCCGAUUCAACGGGCGUCCUCUGACGAGGCGUAUUGAGGGAGAGCGUGAGAAAAGAAUUCAAGGUGGCUUGUUUCAGAAGGACCCAGAAGACGUGACGGGGCUGACCAUCGGAGGAACAGAAGCUGCAGUUUGGAGAGAGCGUCCGGCUUGGCUGUUUGGUGGGAAAAGGACUUGCGGUCGAAAAAUCUUACAGAUAGAACCUACAGCAAAAAAUUGGGCUCUCGUCGAUGUAGAAGAUGGGGUUUCCGACGAGGCAAGGGCUGCAGGGUAUGUAGCUGAUCCUCAUGUAGCAACAUCGGGAUUUGCUGAUGAAUUUUGCUUGUUAUCCUCCUGCAAUAUGGGAAUAGUGCAAUAUGCUUCCAAACUGAAGGAUAAUUUCUUGCACUCUCAGAAGCACAUGGAGUACAUGAAGAAAAAACACCCAAUUGCCAGGGGACUGUAUACUAUGCAGGCGGAGGACAUUUUCCGCCACUCAUUUCUCAGGGCAAUUAGUGAGAACACUGAACAGCUGUUUAGAAAUAUGAUUUCUGAGCCAUCACCAAGGAUUUUUACAUUUGAGUUGUUGUACGUUUCUGUGAAAUGU